AUGUCUAAUGCAAAAGAAAGAAAACAUGCUAAGAAAAUGAGAAACCAGCCUACUAAUGUGACUUUGUCCUCUGGCUUUUUGGCUGAGAGAGGCGCGAAGCAUCAGAUUGGAGGUGGGAAACUGUCCCAAGCUGAAAUGCAAGAACCUCACUCUGGAACUGGACGACUGUGGCAAGCCAAAAUGACCUCCCACUCACUGUCUGAGCCUGACGGGAACGAGCUGUGUUCUUCCAAAGUCAUGUUGAAGAAGAAGGGAGGCUGGAAAGCCGGUCCUGAGGGCACCUCUCAGGAGAUCCCCAAGUACAUAACCGCUUCUACUUUUGCCCAGGCACGGGCUGCUGAAAUCAGUGCUAUGCUAAAAGCCGUGACCCAGAAAUCUUCUAAUUCGCUGGUCUUCCAGACCCUACCCCGGCACAUGAGACGGAGAGCCAUGAGCCACAAUGUCCGCCGCCUUCCUCGACGGUUACAGGAGAUGGCGCAGAAAGAGGCGGAGAAAGCUGUACAUCAGAAAAAAGAACACUCGAAAACCAAAUGCCACAAAGCGCGAAGAUGUCACAUAAACCGGGUGCUGGAAUUUAACCGUAGACAAAAGAAGAACAGGUGGUUGGAGACUCACAUCUGGCACGCCAAGCGGUUUCACAUGGUCAAGAAGUGGGGCUACUGCCUGGGCGACAGGCCGACGGGGAAGAGCCACAGGGCCUGCUACCGGGCCAUGACGAGCCGCUGUCUCCUGCAGGAUUUAUCCUACUACUGUUGUUUGGAGUUGAAGGGCAAAGAGGAAGAAAUUCUAAAGGCGCUUUCUCAAAUGUGUAGCGUGGACACAGGACUCACCUUUGCAGCAGUUCACUGCUUAUCCGGAAAGCGCCAGGGAAGCCUCCUGCUUUACCGGGCAAAUAAAUAUCCCAGACAGGUGCUUGGGCCUGCUACAUUCAUUUGGAAAUCAGAGAUGAGCCCCGGUGACCUUGCCACGUGUCGGCAGUUGUGGAUCUGGCUUCAUCCAUCUCUGAAACAGGAUAUCUUAGAGGAGAUAAAAACGGUGUGCCAGUGUGUAGAACCCAGGCUUGCUGUGGACGUUCCCAGCCUGCUCUCAACACCAUCUCAGGAGAAGAACCAAACUCAACUGUCCAAGGAGAGAAAUGGAAAGAAAAGAAAAAGACGAGAUGAUGGGGAGAUGGCUGGACCAAUUAAAAAAGUGGCUGGUGAUGGAACCAGAGCCCCCCACCAGCCGCGCUCCUGGGUCUCCCCCGCCACAGGCAUUCUGGUGAGCGACUUGACGAUGGAGAUGAACAGGUUCCGGCUGAUUGGUCCACUUUCCCAUGCCGUGCUGACCGAGGCCCUGAAGGCUGCUGCUGUUCACACUGAGGAAGAGGGCACAGGGGAGACGCCCCACCGCUGGUGGAUGGAGGCCUGUAAGAACCCUGAUAGCCUGUCCCUGCAUCGCAGACAAGAAGCGAUUUUUGAAUUAUUGGGAGGAGUAUCAUCACCAGCGGAAAUUCCAGCAGGUACCAUUCUGGGAUUGACGAUUGGGGAUCCUCGAAUAACUAUGCCUCAGAAGAGGACCAAAGCUUUAUCCAGUCCAGAAAAUUGCCAAGGUAAAGUUCUUGAUGUUCAUUGUGAGGAAGGGAUCUGCACCCGCAGCUGGUCUUGUGCUCAGUGGAAGCCUCUGUCUGACCAUACAGAUGAUCCAGAUAAUGAGAAAGUUAGACAGCUGCUCCUGGAGGGUGUGCCUGUGGAGUGUACGCAUAGCUUUAUCUGGGACCAAGAUAUCUGUAAGAGUGUCACAGAGAAUAAAAUCUCGGAUCAGGAUCUAAACCGGAUGAGAAGUGAAUUGCUGGUGCCUGGGUCACAGCUGGUUUUAGGUCCCUGGGAAUCCAAGAUCCCUAUACUGUUGAUACAGCAGCCAGGAAAAGUGACUGGUGAAGACCGGCUGGGCUGGGGAAGCGGCUGGGAUGUCCUGUCCCCCAAGGGCUGGGGCAUGGCUUUCUGGAUCCCAUUCAUCUACCGAGGUGCAAGAGUUGGAGGAUUGAAAGAGGCUGCAGUCCAUUGUCAGUACCAAAGGGCGCCCGCCAUCCCCGGUGACUACCCAGACUCCCCUGCUGGGGUCCUCUUUGCUGAAGAGCAAGCCAAGAAUCUUCUGGAGAAGUACAAAAGACGCCCUCCUGCCAAACGGCCCAACUACGUUAAGCUGGGUACCCUGGCCCCUUUCUGCUGUCCCUGGGAACAGCUGGCUCGAGACUGGGAGUCAAGAAUCUGCACUCAGGAUGAAUCGUGGAUCAGUUGGUCUCCAGAUGGCCAGGAGAGCACCUCACUGGGCCGUGAUGUGGUGUGUGCUGCUGCCGAGUCUGAGCGAGCUUCUCCACCACCUGGGGUGCCGGAGGAAAUGAUGCUGACAGAGUGUCAGGCCCACUCGGGGCCCAGGAGGACCGGGGACCCUGCUCUCAGUGCGGUCUGCAUCGCUGCCUCUGGCACUCAGCUUUGUGUCCUUAGGAGUAGAAAAUUACUAAAGCAGCUCUCGGCCUGGUGCAGGCCCGGUUCUGAGGACGGCCGGGCAUCCCAGCGGGCUCAUGGGAGAUGCCAGGAGAAGCUGACAAGGGAGGCCUGCCUGUCCAUUUUGGCCCGUUUCCCCAGGGCCUUGGUGUGGGUGAGCUUGGCCCUGCUCCGGAAGGGCAGCCCUGAGCCACACAGCAUGGUCUGUGUCCCAGCUCGGGAGGAUUUGCUGCAGCUCCAUCAGGAUCGCCACUACUGCGGGCCCCAGGAACCCAAGCACAGCGACCCGUUCAGAAGCAAGAACCUGAAGCGUCAACAGAGGAAGCACGGGGGACAGGCCACGGCCGUGGACCUGGCUGCAGGGGAGCCUGUGACCGAGCCGAAAGCCCCAACCCGGGGGUUGUGGUCAGGCCCUCUCCCAGCAGUGACUGCACACUGCUCCAGGCCUCUCUUGGGCUUUGUCACGCAGGGAGAUUUCUCCAUGGCCGUGGGCUGUGGGGAGGCCCUGGGGUUCAUCAGCUUGACGGGCUUGUUGCACAUGCUGACCUGCCAGCCGGCAGCCCAGCGGGGCCUGGUGCUGUUGAGGCCCCCCGCCUCCCCGCAGUACCGGUUUGCACACAUUGCCAUUGAGGUCUGAAGGUGGGGUCCCAGGCCAGCAAGGAGUAGAUGGUAACUUUGGCUAAGUCCCAUUGGAGAUUCCAGCUUUCUCCAUCCUCUGUUUGGGGGAAAGAAAUCAUGUGAAGUGUCUUGGAAACAUGACUUAAAUUGAUGUAUUAUGCAAAGGACAAAACGCUUAGUCAGUCCCAGUAAUCUCAUGGGUGUGCAGCUCUGCUUGUCUUUGUUCACAUGCUGUGGAGUUACUGGGCAUGCUUGACCAAAAGCCCUUGUGUUCUCAUUUCUUCAUCUGUGUGAUCCUCAUGGAAAGUCACUAGCACCCUGUCUUUCUUGGUCUCCUUUGAUUUGUUAGGAACAAAGGGCUGUCGGUCUUUUCAAAAAACCUUGUUGGUCAUGUGAUCCGCAGUAGUAACUGUUUAAGGAUUGGAUUGUUCCAGAACAGGAGACUGUAGUCAUCAGGAGUGUGCCCACAUGCUGUGGGCCACGCUCCGUCCUCUCCUGCAGUGGGCAGGCUCAGAACCUUUGUCCAGUUCCCAGGUAGGCUUACUCAUGGUGCAAGUGGGACCCUUCAACCUUCUAACAUUGACAAACAUAUAAUCCUAGGAUUUCCCCAGUUGUUCAAACUGCUACAUUAAUAUUGAUUUUUUUGGGGUGGGGGGGAGAGCUAAGUUCAACAAAGCUAAACAUUUGCUUCUGAAAGGACUUCUGGAACCUUCUAUGUAAUCAUGUGCAUUAUAGAUAAUGGUGCACACUGUUUUCUAAAUCAUCUUGGUCGCCGCAGAGGAUCUCGGCGUUGGUUGUCAGGAGCCCGUAGUGGGCAGUGUGGCUGUGCAGCCCCAUGGCUACCUCCUCAAGGCGACAACCAGAACCACCAGCUGCUUUUCAGCACCAGUGCAAUCCCAUUGGCCACUGGGAGCCUGAGCAGGAUAUAAAAGAGGGCUCCUCCUGUUACUUGGGAGUAAGUGGGCUUGUUGGUUCCCCUCCCCCUGUGGUAAAUUCAGUGGCUCUUCAACUUUCUGUGGCCACAUACAAAGGUACUUCAAGCUAUUCACAGGGAAAUGAAAUUAAAAGAAGUUCA